AUGGAGACACUCGGAACGCCAUACGACGUUGGACUGAACCCUACAAUCUAUCAAAGGAAAUAUCUUCCCCAUACAGAGAAGUCUUCAUACGACGAAGUAACGCCGCUCCACACGUCGAUAUUCUUUAACAAAGUCGAGUUUAUUGACAAUUUAAUAAUCGACUAUGAGAUCAAUGUGAAUCAUCAAGACACAUUAGGGAACACCGCUUUGAUGUUAGCGGGGAUGAAGGGGAAUAUGGCUGCGGCGAAGAAAUUAAUAGCGCACAACCCAUCGACGUCUUUGGUCAAUCAACACGGACAGAGCGCGAUAUUAAUGGCGUUGCGGUACAACCAUCCCGAUGUCGCGCUCCUCAUUUUAAAUACCGUCAACGACCCAACGCAAUUAAUGUGCUUCACCGAUAACUCGGGGUAUACUAUUUUACACUAUGCGGCCUAUUGUAACGACGAAUUUCUGAAUAACUUCAUCGAGAGUAAUAGCUGCGUGGAAGAUAUGCUCGAGAACACAACAAAUCCGUCGUGCUCGACACCGCUGCAUUUCGCAGCAGCAAAUGGAAGUACAAAAACAGUCAGUUGGUUACUUGCAAAGGGGGCGAAUCCAACUGCAGAGAACUGCAUGGGCCAAAGCCCAUUACUCUUAGCUAUUAAAAAGAAUUAUAAAGAUACUAUUAAUGUACUACUUCCUGUGUCGUCGGCGAAUGUGCCGGAUAACUACGGACAAUUGGCGUUGCACUAUGCAGCCGCAGUGGGGUGUGACGUGGACGUGUUACAGAGGAUAUUAAACCAAUUUCCAAAGGCGUUGGGGAAGAUGGACACGAACGGGAAUUACCCGUUUCACUGUGCGGUGAGAAGUAAUGAUAGGAAGGUCCUCGACUUUUUUUUCGUGGCGGAAGGACCUUCGUUACUGGUGAAGAAGAACUCGAAUGGGAUGACCCCCCUCAUGUUGGCUGUUGCGUGUGGAGCGCAAGAGUCGUUUGGGUAUUUAACAGAACUUGGGAGCGAAUUUUAUGAGCGAUCGAUGUGUGGGACGUCCCCGUUUCUGUUGGCGUGCGCGUAUGGACAACUUGAAAUGGCGAAAGUGGUGUUCAAGACGGACCCCUCGGUGAUUACUGAUGUUGAUAAUAGCGGCAACACGGCUGUCCAUUAUGCGGUGCAAAACAACCGUGCGGACAUCAUUAAGUGGAUCUAUGAGACCGCCCCCGAAAUGAUGAACGUGAAGAAUGAAGUUGGAGAGAGUGCAUUACAUAUUGGGUGUUUGUGUGGGAAUAAAAACGUUGUGGAGGUGUUGAGAGUGUUUGGGUUAGAAUUAAGCGAGAAAACGAAAUCGGGAAGGACUGGAUUGCACUAUGCUGUUCUUGGAGGACAUUUGGACGUUGUUAAAUUGUUGAAGAAAACCGUUGGAGAGGAAUGUUACAAGGGUGAUAAAAACAAACUGACGCCGUUGCACUAUUGUUGUGCGUUUGGGAUGGUUCAUUUACUGGAGGAGGUGUUAAGUGGAGAUGUCAAUCAGUUAAAUGCGCGUGAUGGGUGUGGGCGUACACCUCUUCAUGUUGCGGUAGUCAUGAACGAUGCCAUAUGUGUUCAAUUUUUGUUAGAAAAAGGAGCGAAUUUGGAGGAGGUUGAUAUUCGAAAGAUGAGUCCGUUAAGUUCUGCUAUCAAUCGAGGGUAUAUCCACUGUUAUGAAAUCAUCAACAAAUGUACGACAUUCACAGUUAUCAAACGAGUCAAAAUGGUGAGCGACUAUCUCCCCGACAACGAGAAGAUGUUACAGGUGAAGAGUAAUGAUGUGAUAGACGUUUAUUGGGAGAGUAAGAGAGGGUGGGCAAUAGGGAAAUUGGGAAAUAAAAUUGGAUUGUUCCCAUUAGCAAAGUCUAUUGUCGUUCCUUUGGAACAAACUGACCUCGACAAAAUUAAAGAGGUUCUUGCGAACAAGAAAAUGGUCAAGAAAGGAGUCGACAAGAAAAAUCGGUCUGCGUCCGUUGUGUCGAAAGAAACACAAACACAAGCCAAAAACACAAAAAAUGCUGCUCAGGUCAACGUCAACCCGGCUGCACUCCUCGCGAUGCAACAGCUCCCAACACAAAGAAGAGCAAAAAGAACAAGGAAGGCUGUCGCUUCAGUCGAUGUUUAA